AGUUUGUUCUUCACCAACCAUUCCUCUUUCCUCUCCUUCCGAUUAAAGAAAAAUUACUCAUUUCAAUAAAAAAUUCCACCCAAAAAUCCCCUCCUAUAUAUUCUCUCACUCCACAUAAUUUUUCAAAUUUUAUAAUUAUAUCCCAAUUCCCAAACCCCAUAAAUCCAAUGAGGCUGUCAAAACCCUAAUUCCCAAAAUUCUCAGCUAUGGUGUUGAAGAAGAGGUGCCAAGAAAUUUACCAUGAUCCCUGUCUUCAUCAUCAUCUUCCCCAAUAUCUGCUGAUCAAAUCGAAUAGUGUUAAAAUUGAAUGGAUUCGAAGAAGAAGAUGCUGAAUUCAGUAGCCGAAGGGGAGAAAGAAAAAGAUAAAGAAGUGAAAAUUGAUGAGGGAAAUGCGAAAUUAAUUGAAUGGGAAGAUUACCAGCAAGAAUUAGCGCGAUUCUGUAGCCUUACCUCUGCUCUCAACGAAGCUAAGCAGAAAAAACUUGUACUUCAACAGAAGCUUCAGUCCCUCAUACAGGUAGAAGCUGAGUCAUUAAAUCGGUCAAAUGAGCUUGAUGAGAUGCGUGAAAAAUUGGAAUCUCGAAAAUUGGUGAUGGGAAACAUGUCAAUGCAUUCAAAAGUUGCGGAAGAGAAAGUUAAAAAGCAAGAAGAACAACUGAGUAGUGAGAUUAGAUCCCUGUUACUAGCUGGAACAGCUCUUUCUGUGGCUAGCAAGCAGCUGCAAGAAGCUAAUGGAUACCUUGCUGGAGAGAGAGGUUAUCUUCAUCUCAAAACCUUGCAAAAAUCAUUAAGAGUGAGACAGCAAUAUAUGGUAUCGCAAGUUUCUUUGCUGUACCCUGUGAAGUUUGUAAUUGGGCAUCCACAUGAACAAGAACUGGAAUCAUUUACCAGCAGUAUUAAAUCUGGUGUUACUGCUGGAUCUAAACCUCUUGAUCAAGGGUCCUUGACUAUUUCAGGUCUCCAUCUCACUGUGAUUCCUUUUACAAAGAUGAGUUUUUUCACUGAUAAAAAGGAAGUUCAACAAUCUUCGACGGCCCUCGGAUACAUAGCACAUGCUGUCUUACUUAUUGCUUCAUAUUUGCAAGUUCCUUUGCGUUAUCCUUUGCGUUUGGGAGGUUCUCGGUCAUAUAUUCGUGACUAUGCACCUUCCAUUGAGCCAGUGUCAUCUGAUGAAACUUCAAAUUCAUUAGUUUUGACAAAUGCAAAGCCUGUAGAGUUUCCUCUCUUUUUAGAAGGGCAAGACUCAACAAGAGCAGCUUAUGCAGUAUUCUUACUCAAUAAGGACUUAGAGCAACUUUUGAAUUAUAUUGGCGUCAAGAGUUUAGGGCCACGCCAUGUUUUGGCCAAUCUGAAAGAGCUUCUGAAAACCAUUCUUUCUCCAGAGUAUAUAGACACAUGAGCAAGCCUGCAUUAGUGUUUUGGUUUGUGUAAAUCAAAGAUUUGUAUUCUUAGUUGGGUGCCCAAUUUUUCAAAGGAGCACCUUUCAACAGAUUGUAAUCAAUUUUUAGGCAGAGAAUUGCAAAUUAUGCAUGAUAGAAAUUCUUAUCUGUUUACUUUUA